AUGCUUAAAACUAACAACAAGCAACCUAUUCCUGGCACGUCUGUUUUCUCGCUUGCUGAGUUACCUUCCGCUGACACGACCACCACUCUUGCUUCUUCAGAUGAUCAAACGCGUCAUUCAAAUCAUGAAGAUGGAGCCACUCAUCAUCCUGAGAACUCUGCGUCAUCCAAUGUUGAGAACGAUGCUGCAAAUACGACACCUCCUGUUCGCUGGGGACGAGAACGUACAGAGCUAUUCAUCGCCAUUAUGACUGAACAAUAUCCAAAGAUGCUUCUGAAUGAUGAUCCAUCGGAUGAUCUCCCGAUAUGGCAUGAUGUUGAUAGAUUGUUUCGCGAGCGUAUCGAAAACGAAGAAACGGGUGAUGAUCCUCAAGCAUUCCUUUCCAACAUCAACAUGCGGCGGCUUCAGAAGAAAUGGGAUAAAUUGAUAGAUCGAUACAUCGACUAUCAUAGCCGCAAUAACAUAAAGGGUGUUGGUGGUACGCAUCCAAAUAUCACAUGGCCCUAUUUUGAUGCGGUUGGCAAGGCUACCAAAGACGAUCGCACGGUGUAUCCAAGAUAUACGAUAGAAUCUCUGCGCCCUGACGGUACGAAUGGAACGCAUGUUACUAUUCUGGAAAUCGAAGAUGAACCACCACAACAACAGCAACAGGAGGCGGAUAAUACACCUACUACUCGAAAACGCGGUCGUGAUGACAAUGACAAUGACGACGACGACGACGUUAUGGUCCCUCUCAGUCAGGUUCGCCGUCUACUUGAAGAAUCCACCGGAAAGCAAGAACAAAUGUUUGAGGACUUUCUCGCAAAGAUGGAAGCCAGGAAUGAAGAGGCCCAUCGCAUGUAUCUUGAGAAAUUGCUUGAAGUGGAAGAUCGACACGAUCGUGAGUGGAAAGAAUUGAUGAAAAGGCAAGACCGGUGUCAUAAAAUGCAUAUGGACGAACUCGAGCGGACGAUCAGUGCUCUAGAAAAAUGCUGCCAGGAUGCUGGUAUCCCCAUUCCACCAAGUAAAGACAUUGGCGAUGAAGAUGAUAGCGAUAAAAGAGAUCCAACCCUCAGCAAUAAUGAUAAGCAGUAA